AUGACGGCAGGCCUCAAGACCAUUAUCGGUCUUUCAUUUGUCCUCGCAAUCGGAUUCCUUCUUGUCAUCCUUUCCUCGGCCAUCUGGCACAACUUCCUUCCGUUGACCGUCGUUGCAACUUACGUUGUCGCGCCUCUCCCCAAUUGGAUCUGCGCCCGAUGUGCGAACCCAGACGACUUCAUUGACAAUUCGGGUAACUCGGUGGCUGAUUUCGGGCGGUUCUUGACUGGAUUCCUGGUGCUGAUGGGUAUUGCCCUCCCCGCAGUACUGGCGCACAGCGGCGCGAUCGAGAUCCCUGCGAUGGUCAUGUCGAUUAUCGGUGGUCUGCUUAUUUACGGGACGAUUAUCAGCUUCUCGAUGUUUUUCCAGGAACAAGAAGAAUUCUAA